CAAGGAUCGAAACCUCGAAAGACGUUGCGAGAACGUGUAUUGCGCAUGUUCCUGCGAAUUAAUAGUUCGUCAUUUGCGCACACGCCGCGAUCGUUAUCAGCCGCAGGCGAGUGAUGUCGAGUUAAUUGAUUUUGUAUGUUGUGUAAUUCGUGUAAUCUCAAGUUCGUGCGGCGAUAAGAGCGAAAUCCUUAUCGCGCGCGUGGUUGGCGUCUUCCGGAUUGUCGCGAACAACCUCGAGCGUCAAUCUCGACGACGCGUCAAGACAACAACUCGAACAUCUAACACGUUGCUGCCAAUAUGGAGGCGAACCGCGGCAAGGCGCAUCUCGCGUUGGCCUCUGGCAUGUUCGCCACCGGCGGUAGUCUUCUAGGCAAGCUCGCCGGUGGCGCUGAUUUCUCGUCGCUGACAUCGUUGCUGAUAAAAGGAACGCUUCUGGUCUGCAUGAUAACGUCCAACACCGUGGGAUGUUCGUUUUUUGUCAAAGCCCUCAACAAUAGCGGUUCUUCCUUGCCGGUGACGGUCGCCAGCACGACCACGAACUACAUGUGUUCGGCACUCGUGGGUUUUCUCGUGUUCGGCGAAUCCACAUCGCUGGCCUGGUGGUGCGGGACUUCGUUGGUACUUCUCGGUUUGAUUUUAAUUUGCUACGUUCCCGAGGAAGAGGACACUUCCGAGAAGAAAUUGAAGUAACCGCGGACGCGCAUGUUGCGCUUUUCAUAUUAAAAGAAAAACAAAAAUCAACGGUGGAUGAUGAUCGCGCCGCAACACGACGAGUUACAUCUCUAUCUCCGGUUUUUCUAUUAACGUUGCAAAUUAUGUGUGAUUGUAAACGAAUGAAAAAAUUCGUUGUAUUAAAAACGUUAACAAAGUUUAAUAAACAAGCUUAUUACAUUCGUAUAAGAUAUAACUGUAAACUUUUUUAUAAUUGAGUAUAUUUUGUUACAAAUAAAGUUUAUGUAAUAUAUA